AUGUAUAGCUCAGCCUCGAUUCCGAGAGACAGGACUAGUAGUAGUCUUUUGUUUUCGUCUUCUGGGUUUAAGCACUCGUUUGUGGAAGAAGAGUCGUUGAAGAGCAAAGAGUUAAUAAGUUGUGAUCUGUAUCAUGGUGAUUAUCAGAAACAACAGCAGAGCUCGGAGUUAAUGUGGUGCCGCUCUGAUCCGAGCUCCUUCUUUGCUGAAAUUCUUGGCAAUGGUAGUGGUAGUGAUUAUUUCAACCCUCAAUCGGUGACGAGUCCUGAAUCUGGAUCUGACUCUGUGUUCGCAACGCCGCCAAUCAAUUUGGAUUCAAAUCUGAACUUAUCCAAGUCCAUGAUUAAUCAGCAAGUAAAUAAAUUAUCUGAUUCACAACUUAAUAAUGGAUUCUCCUCUUCUGCUUCGGAGAUGAUUUAUGAAACAAAUCCUCCGCCACCACCUCUACCAGCGGUGAGCUCCGCCUCUGCAGCUGAUGUUGGGUCUUACUCUGCUGUGAAGAUGGAAAGUCCGAUAGAACUGAGGACUCCUAAUGCUAAUUGCUCCAAUCUUAUCAGGCAGAGUAGUUCUCCAGCUGAAUUCUUCUCUGGAUUUUCUGUGACGGGAGCUAGUAAUGGAACCUAUGGAGAAACCAGUUGUUCAACUGUCAGACUGAAUAAUCGUAACAACUUCUCAUCCGGGCCAUCUUCUUGCUCAAGGUUCAUGCAUCAGAUUGCUGGAAAUGUAAAUGAAAGCAUAGGGACAGGUAGCCAUGAGAAUGGACACUUGAGGAGUGGUACCAACACCGAUGGAUGUUAUGCCCCCAGCAUUUUAACUGAUUCUUGGAAUGAUUCUACAUUUAAGAGCUUAAAAAGAAACAGGGAUGGUGAUGUGAAGAUGUUUCCUAGUUUGAAUUCAUUGGAAUUUGAGAAUGUUAACUCUAGAAAUAACAAUCCUGGUUUGACUCACCAUUUGAGCUUGCCAAAAACUUCUGCUGAGAUGGCUGCCAUAGAGAAGUUUUUGCAGUUUCAACAAGAUUCUAUUCCUUGUAAGAUCCGAGCCAAAAGGGGUUUCGCCACUCACCCACGAAGCAUUGCAGAAAGGAUGAGAAGAACACGGAUAAGCGAAAGAAUGAGAAAGCUGCAAGAUCUUUUUCCAAACAUGGACAAGCAAACAAAUACAGCAGAUAUGUUAGAUAUGGCAGUUGAGUACAUUAAAGACCUUCAGAAACAGGUCCAGACACUCACGGAUACUCAGACGAAAUGCGUGUGUUCAAGUAAACAGAAAUAA